AUGACAGACAGGGAGCGGAAGAGUCUCGUUGUUCGUCGUCUCGAACAGCUCUUUACAGGCAGAGAUUACAUUGCUGAUACCUUGAAGACGCCAUUUGUGCGGCCCGGUGACAUGAACCUAUCCGCGAAGCCAGAAUCCUUCCUCUAG